GAUGUAAUCAGAAUUAUGGCCCUCUUUUUUUAUUUAGGAAAAAAUCCAACUGAUGAGUAUCUAGAUGCCAUGAUGAAUGAGGCUCCGGGUCCCAUAAAUUUUACCAUGUUCCUCACGAUGUUUGGUGAGAAGUUAAAUGGCACAGAUCCAGAAGAUGUCAUCAGAAAUGCUUUUGCUUGCUUUGAUGAAGAAGCAACUGGCACCAUUCAGGAAGAUUACCUGAGAGAGCUGCUGACAACAAUGGGAGAUCGGUUUACAGAUGAGGAAGUGGAUGAGCUGUACAGAGAAGCGCCUAUUGACAAAAAGGGAAAUUUCAAUUACAUUGAGUUCACACGCAUCCUUAAACAUGGAGCAAAAGAUAAAGAUGACUGAAAAGAACUCCAAAUUGCAGCCAAAUGUUCUAUGUCGCCACAUUGGGUAUUUCUGAGACUUUCUCUUAGAGUCCAUAACAUGCCCUAGCUUUGCAGCUUUUGCCUUUCUUGUGGUAUUUAUUCUCAGCCAUUUUGGGCACAGCCAUCUCUAUAAUCAGACUGGAAGUAGGACUCUUUGUUAUUUUCAGAAUAGAAAAUAGGUAAUUGAACUUACCAGCCUCCCCCACCCCCCUAUAACUGCAAUCUACACAGAGUCAGUAUAUUUUUUCAGAGAAAGUAAUUCACUCAAUUUUUUUCUGAACCAUAAUUAAAUUUUAUGAUCAAAACUUACUUGUUUAAACUUCUUUAUUUAUCAAAAUUGACUUUUAUUCGUUUUAGUUGCAUCUUCCAAUGAAAGGUAGAUGAGGCAAAAAACCUAGAAAAUGGUGUGGUUGUUUGACCUUUUCCUUACUUCUCCCAGUUUUCCUAACAAUCCUAUCUCCUCUGCUAUUCAUUCGUCCCCUCCCAAAGAAAUACAAGUUUAACUGC